UUUUUGUUUUUUCUGUCACACGUUGCGUUUCUGCGAUAUUGUAUAACUGAUUACUGGUAUAAAUAGUUCAUCAACCUAUUUGGAUUAUGUUGUAAUGUUUCAAGUCGAAAAGUUGAUCUGACGCAAUCUGGAUUGUGGUGUGCUUAACCACAGAUAGCGCAAUAUUUCAAAAAUGGAUUCUGAUAAGGAAAUAGAAAAUGAAGAGGAGGAAGUUGCUGAAAAGGAGAAAGCUGCUCCAGAAAACGAAGAUGAUUCGCAACCUCCACAUGAGCCAGUUACGGCUAAGAAAUCAUCUAGAUCAAGUGUUGGAUCAUUUGAAAGGAGAGGUUCCAGAAAUAUUUAUAAUUUAAAGCUUGAAAUUCCUAAACGUUCCGCAUUAAAUCCAGUCUCAAUAACUCUUCCAGAAGCUCCUGAAACUUCAAUACCCUCUCAAGAAUCAACAAUACCAAGGAUUGCUGGAAUACAACCAAGACCUUACGAAAGAAGCCAAAGUUCCUACACGCCUAACAUUCCACAAAAGAGGCCAAUGAAUCCACGUCAACGAAGACAAAAUUUUCAAAGGCAAAGUUCAAUAUUACAACGAGCAGCUAUGAUUCGAAGUGGAUCAAGGCGAAUGAUGGAAGCUACUGGAACGUUUGUUGGAAUAGGAAAAAAUUGUAAUGAAGAUCAUGAAAAAUGGAGGUUACGUCAUUUGAGGUACUGCAGUAUGAAAUAUGGGAGACUCAAACCGCAAAUUCAACAAGAAGUUGAUGAACAGGAAACACAAAACAGCUUGCCUACUUCUCCUACGGGUUAUUUUCCACAGAUUUUUGACCCGUUAUCGAGAGGUCGAGGUUCAAGAUACUAUGCAUCAGCCGCAGGCACUCCGGAUGGGUCAGAAAUGUCUUCAUUUGGAGGAAAUUUGACAGGAGGUCCAAUUGCAGUCAGUACACCUCCCAGAACCCCAGUCACACCAGGAGCUCGUUCUCUAGGAGCUUCAAGUGUCAGGUUCGGCCCUCAGUUAUCAACGACAUUACGAAGGCAAGAAAUGAGACAUCGGAAAGAUUCGUUUGCAAGGAUGAGUUGGAAGGUAGUCAGUGCUGUUGUAAAGGGAAAUUCAGUUAUGAACGAUCUUGUGCGGAAACAUCCGGGACCUGACAAAAGAAGUUUUCAACUUCCAAGUUUAGCCGAAGAAGAACCAGAAACUGUUGAUGAACUUGACACUACAUUCUUUAUGCAAGAUAUGCCAACUAUUGCCGAAGGUGAAUCAUUUGUUGACGAAGUUUUCAUGACUUCACCUCAUGAAGAAACUGCUCCUGGGAUGAUACAUAGGAGGGGUUUAAAAAGUCCUGAAAAACCAGAGGAGAAAAGGCCUUUACCAACAGGACGUGGCCAACGAAUCGGUGUACAAAGGGUGUUGUCAGUUGCUUUUCGUAGGAAAAAGAGACAAUAUGGAAAAGGACUUGUCGGAAGAUGGUUAAAUAGAAGAAUGAAAAGAAAUAGAUUGAAUAGUCAUGUCAAACAACAAUUAGAUACUUUUGAUGAUCAUAGGCCUUAUUUUUCUUACUGGAUUAGUUUUGUUCAUAUCGUCGUUACCAUAAUAUCAUUGUGUGUUUAUGGCAUCGCUCCUGUCGGAUUUACAAACUUCAAAGAAAAAUUUACGACAACAAAGAAAUCAUUAUCAAGAGUCAGCGAGGAAUUUGUUGAACCUCAAAAUUUUUGGAUCGGACCUAGAACGAAAGAUUUGAUUCAUCUUGGUGCUAAAUAUUCUCCGUGUAUGAGACAAGAUCCGAAACUUCAUGCUUUUCUGGAAGCGGAAAAAAAUAUUGAAAAGGAAUCAGCUUGUUGUGUUCGUAACGACAACUCAGGAUGCAUUCAGACUUCUCUAACUGAAUGCAGUUCAACCUUUGCAACGUGGGUGAAGUGGCCAGACUUUGAUCCUCCAGAAUAUACAAAUGGAAGCUACGGUGAAGUACCACGAACUUCCGGUUCAGUUUGCGGUCAAGAUCCUAGAUUCUGUCAUUCUCACGUCACAGGACAAGCAGAGGAAUGGCCAGAUGAUAUUACGAAAUGGCCGAUAUGUACAGAUCCGAACAAAAUUGCCAACAAUACUCCAUAUACUCAUUUAACAUGUGAGAUUGUUGGGAGGCCUUGUUGCAUUGGCCAGGAAGCAAAGUGCGAGAUUGUUACGAAAGAAUAUUGUGAUAAUAAAAGAGGAGUUUUCCAUCCUGAAGCAACGUUAUGUUCUCAAGUCAGUUGCAUGCAAGAUACUUGCGGAUUGAUUGAAUUCAGGAUACCUGAUUAUCCUGAUCAAUUAUAUAGAUUGUGGUUGUCUAUCCUUCUUCAUGCUGGCAUAUUUCAUUGUUGCAUUUCUGUCAUCUUCCAAAUGACUGUUCUGAGAGACAUGGAAAAAUUAGCUGGAUGGCUGAGGAUAUCUCUUAUAUAUGUGUUUAGCGGAAUCACAGGAAAUUUGGGAUCUGCAAUAUUUUUACCAUAUCGAGCUGAGGUCGGUCCUGCUGGAUCUCACUUUGGAAUACUUGCUUGUUUAUUCGUGGAAAUAUUUCAGAGUUGGCAAAUGUUAAAAUCUCCUGGUCGAGCUUUGUUGAAGCUUGUCGUUAUUGCAAUUGUUCUUUUUUUAUUUGGUGCCUUACCGUGGAUCGAUAACUUUGCACAUAUUUUUGGAUUUUUAUCUGGGCUGCUCUUAUCAUUUGUGUUCUUGCCGUAUAUAACGUUCAGCGAUUUCGACCGGCGUCGCAAAAGAAUUCAAGUCAUUACGUGUCUUCUCAUUUUCAUAGCAGUUUUCGCAUUGCUCGUAAUAUUUUUCUACGUUGAACCACUAUCAGACUGCCCUGCUUGCCGUUACCUCAAUUGUAUUCCAAUAACUGACUUUUUUUGUUCAAAUCACGGUUUUCAACCAACGGAGCGAGAGUUGUGAUCAGCAUUUUCAAAGCUUGUCUUGAUGGCAGGCAAACUUGUAGCAACUCCGCUUUUCUUAGUUCAAAAAAGAGGGAAAAUGUAUUUUCAUUUUAUUCCAACUUACGGCAGCAAUAUCAUUGAUGGUCACUUUGGCUGGGAUGUUAAAAAACGAUUAUUGCAUUGGUUAUAGAAUUCGUCAAGUCUCGUGCCCAUGUAUUUUUUUAUUUUCAAUUAGCUUCACACCACCUAAAAAAUUGUCUACGUCCCCCGCCCCACUGUUUGGAAACCACUGGUUUAUUGAGAUAGAUUCCAGAGUUAUUUCAUAUAUAUCAAAUUUUUUGAUUUCAAAAACAUUUGCACAAUCAAAAAAUUUGACUUUCAAUAAAUUAGACACAAACUAUGCAGAAUAGAAGCAAACGAAAACACUCGACAAAUUUCAACUA